GGUCUGAGAAAAGAUUUCGUUGCUCUGCCUUUGAAAAUGAGGGCAAAGGUGAGAGGACACAACGCAAUGCUGAUUCAACAGCACAGAAACACCCGAUUUCCGAUGUGAUUGAUAAGGGGAUAGGAAAUUGAAGCCGCGACUCGCUGCAGGUUGGCUUCCACCGAAAACGCCCACCAACCUUGGCCCUCCCAGCCUCUUCCACGCCUGACUGGGUCUCAACCAACAGCGAAAAUGGUACCAACGCGUGAGGGCGGGGUCGGCGGCACAGAGAAUUGCUAUUGGUUGGGAGCGGCACUGGCCUCCUUCCCACCCCCUCCAUUGGCCAGUUCCGUAAGGCGGAACCUGUGAGGGGUUGGGUUUGAACCAGGGGUAUUUCGGAGCCAGCGAGCGAUCCUAGAGAGAUCCCGGAGCCGCUGGGAGAGGCCGGUGCAGCCGCGCUGCUGGGUUUUUCCUUUCCUUUUAUUCUCCUUUCUACAUAUCCACACACCUCCAUCAGCCUACAAAGACAUGACCACCAAUGCCAGCCCCGUGCACCCAUACUGGCCCCGGCACCUGAGGCUGGACAACUUUGUGCCUAAUGACUGCCCCACCUGGCAUCUCCUGGCUGGCCUCUUCUCCAUCUCUGGGGUCUUAGUUGUGACCACAUGGCUGUUGUCAGGUCAUGCUGCGGUCAUCCCACUGGGGACUUGGCGGAGACUGUCCCUGUGCUGGUUUGCAGUAUGUGGGUUCAUUCACUUGGUGAUUGAGGGCUGGUUCAGCCUCUACCACGAGGACCUUCUCGGAGACCAAGCCAUCUUGUCUCAACUCUGGAAAGAGUAUGCCAAGGGAGACAGCCGAUACAUCCUGAAUGAUACCUUCAUGAUAUGCAUGGAGACCGUCACAGCUUGCUUGUGGGGACCACUCAGCCUAUGGGUGGUGAUCGCCUUUCUCCGCCAGCAGCCCCUCCGCUUUGUCCUACAGCUUGUGGUCUCUGUGGGUCAGAUAUACGGGGAUGUGCUAUAUUUCCUGACAGAGCACCGUGAGGGAUUCCAGCAUGGGGAGCUGGGCCACCUGCUCUACUUCUGGUUUUACUUUGUCUUCUUGAACGCCCUGUGGCUGGUGCUGCCGGGAAUCCUCGUGCUUGAUUCUAUAAAGCAACUUGCUCGUGCCCAGAGCACGCUGGACGCCAAAGCCACAAAAGCCAAGGGCAAGCAGAACUAAUGAGUGAUGAACUGGGCUUGAACACUGGCUAUUGAGGAACUCUCCACCUGCCAGAAGAUUCCAAUCCUUGCUCUCACAGGUUGGAAGGACAAAUCGAAUUGAUCUGUCAAACUCAGGCUGAUGGGUGGACAGGGGGAAGAAAGGAGCUGUGUGGAGCUACAAAGGUACAAGAGAACCUUGGAAGUCUGUGAUGGGGACAAUUUUUUUAAAUCAGGAAAUAAAGAUCUUGACCCUA